AUGACAAGCGAGCAAUCCCUGCCCAUCCCGGAGUCAGAAUAUGGCGGCUCUCCACCCGAAUGGGCGGAAGAAUCCCGUAUGAGAAAAAACGAAUUACAGGAUCCGACAGAGCUAGCUCAGGGUCGGGCAGGAGAAAAUACUGACGAGCCUACGAAUGAACUCGCCCCUAGCGAAGUAUCCGACACACUGGUGGGCACCCGGAUCAUGAGUGUCAACGACGAGAACAAAGCACCUAAGGCACCUCUCCGGGAGAUAGAUCUGGUACACACAGGUCCAUCACGCGUGGUCAAUAUUCAUGUCUUGGAGCCGAAUUCUGCUGGUACCCAAAGUGAUGAUAGAGUCAGAGUCUCUGUGAGCAUCGGAGGAGAUGUCAAUAUUUCAAUCAAGAAUGAGGUUGAUACACAGGCGAGGGUGGGAGGAAGUAUGCGGUGUGAGCAAUACUGA